CUGUUAGCAACUAUGUUUGAAACAAUGGGCUAAGAGGGUAUAAAAACCACAGGUAUGCUGCAGUUUGUCCUUUUCAACAGAAAACUUUCUUGGAUAGCUGCUGGACUGCAAAAAGAGUGUGAUCUGUUUAGCAUGGAACCAGUAACUUUAAACUCCACUUCACCACCAGGCCAAGGCCCAAGCACACAUGAGGGGGAACAGAACAAGCAUGUGCCUGCAACACUUUAUCCCAUAGUGAAAGUACAGUCAAAACAUGAGAGAUCCUUAGACCAGAGGGAAAACAAGCUGAAAAGAAAAAGGAAAGAGACCGCUGAAAAGGAAAAUUCACCAGCAUCAGUGACGGAUGGAUGGAUGAAGCCCUGUAAAUAUAUUUUGCUUAUUGCUUUGGUUGUUCUAUGAGGUUUUGUAUUUUAAGUAAAUACAUAGGUGUGGGUGAGACAGGGUGGUAAAGUUCAGUUUUUGUAAAAUGUUGUUUUUCCCCGUCAUAAGCCUGGGCAACUCUUCUGACAAUGCUGUAGUCAGAGAUACAAGGACAUCUCCUCCAGAACUGCCAACGAACCAGGAAUGUGCUUUGAGACCUUUAACAACGCAAAACAUCCGGGCAGUCCAAACCUCAUAUACGUCAAACCCAAGGACAAAACAAAAGACUCUGGUAAAAAACAACCAUGCCACCACAACUCCAGUUCCUCAGUGGCCACCACCACACUAAGCCCUGAGGAAACUGUGAGCGAAAACAUCCACAUUCACAAAUCCAGAGCACGCACUCUAGGGGUUCUGAAUGUGCGCAAACCCGGAGCAUGUGCUCUAGGGGUUGCGUUUAAAAAUCCAAGGACUAAAAGCUUCUGCGAUGCUGAGGUAUUGCAAUCACACAACCAGCACUCUAGUUCCUCAGCGGCCACCACCACACCAAGCCCUGAGGAAACUGUGAGCGAAAAUGCCCACAUUCACAAACCCGGAGCAUGCGCUCUAGGGGUUGUGAAUAAAAAACCAAGAACUGACAAACCAUUCUCCCAAAACCAUAAGCUUGUCCCAGCUCCCCCAUAUUCUAGUAGUUGGGAAGGGGUUGAGGCUUCCCUCAGAAAAGUGGUGGAGGAUGUAUCCUCGGGUAGUCUAAAAGAACGGGAUUCUAGAAAGAAAUGGGGAAAAAUAUGAUGCUUGGUUCAGAGCCAUGCUGAAAAAUAUAGGGGCUGGAAAGGGUGGCUCUGAGCAGGCAUGACUAGUCGUGUAAAGGGGCCUCGGUAAAAGGGGCACCCUCCAGGGUACACAUCAGCUCAUGUGUAAACAAAAGGGGGGGCAGCGCUUGGGGGAUAAACAGAUGGCUGCCAAAAAGUUCCAGGCCCAGGUUGUUGUAAAAAUUUUAAAAAAGGGCUAAAGAGGUAAUGAGGGAAAAAAAACAAAAACAAAGAGAGAUGCCCCCUACUGGAGGCUCUCAAACUGGCUUGUCUGAAAAUGGGGAGGCGGAAUCAGACUCUGGUUUAGCAAAUUCCCCAGAGGGCUCUCUAGACGGGUCCCGUUCUACUCCCAAUGACCCUCAUGGAGGCGCCUCAGAGUCUGACUCUCAAAUAGCAUCUGAUGUAGAAGAUGCCGCUAAUGAUCCCGUAGAGGAACCCCCCAAGUAACCCCGAAAAUGCCGAGGUGUAUAUGAAGAGAGUGAGAAGUUGGCAACGUGAAGUAUCCAGAUUUGGGAGGUCUGUGUAUUGUGAGGAAUUUCGUUUUGUUAAUGUUGAGCAAAUAAAUUCAGCUCAGCAGAUUGUUGAAGCCAUACACCGGGGAAUACAGUUAGUGCUCGAUGACAUUAAUGGUAGGGUAGGCCCUGAUGAUUAUGUUCAGUUACGUUUAGAGAGCCGUAAUUUAACUAACUCUUUGUUUUCGGUCAAAAGAACUAGGGAUGAGCUGUCUGCUGAGGAUUUCUUAAAUCAGACCUCAAAACUGCUACAGAGCAAUAGAGAGUUGCAUCUCGAUGGGACGUUGCGCCUUGUUGUGACAGUUGUAAAAAAUAGGGGUGGGGGCGCUCGUAGAGUUUUAAAUACUAUCCUUAAUAGUCAAAUUAUUCAUAAAAAGAGACCGUGUUUAGUAGACCUGACUUACACCGGUACCAAUUUGUGUUUUGCGGGUGGGCUCUUGGCCGUCAUGUCCGAUUGUAAACCUACGGACGCGGAAUUGUUAGCGGAGGCGAGAAAGUUACAUGGGAAACUGGGGUGGUCAGAUCAAAAAAAGGUUAUGCUCAGCGACGUAGCAAAGUUUGAACAGCAUUUAGGAGUUAACAUACAGGUGGUGCUGUAUACGACAAAAGGCGGCUGGGGCUUUUUUAAAACGGGGGGCACAGUGUACCCCAAGACUUAUUUUAUCCUGUUGCAUGAUGAGCAUUACUAUGGGGUUCUGGAUGUAAAAAAGUUGUUCGGAGCGAAAAAUUGUGAGUUUUGCCACAUGGUGUACAGCCACGACCACUCUUGCAGGUAUCGUUGCCGCCUCUGCUUGAGCGUAACGUGCUCAGACAGCAUGGGCAUGCAGCAGCGGUGUCCUAGCUGUAGACUGUAUUGUCGGUCCAAAGAGUGUUUAGACAGACAUAUCGACUGUGCAUCAAAAAACCAAGUUGAAUGCCUGUCUAAAAUUUUGUGUGAGAAGUGUCAGUCUUACGUGAACAAGCGGCAUAGGUGUAAAGGGAGAUGGUGUAAGCAGUGUCAGGGUUUGAUCGUUGGUGAUGUAGACGGUCACCUCUGUUUUAUGGACAGACUUAGAAAGCCCGAAUCUUCAGAAAAGUAUAUUUUUUUUAUGAUUUCGAAUGCACGCAGGAGACCAGGGUGCACACUCCGAAUUACAUUUUUGCUAUGUCCCUAAAGCUAGAAAAAUCCUGGGAAUUUAAGGGCGAUGAGUGUCUUUCUGUGUUUGUGAAGACCUUUAUUGGCAAAGAGUUUCGGGACUACAUGUUCCUAGUACAUAAUUCUAAAGGUUAUGUUGCAUACUUUAUUGUUAGACGGUUACUCAAGGAAAAGAUGGGCCUAGAACUGAUCACUCAGAGUAGUAAACUAAUGUGCGUGGAAGUUAAGGCCCUGGGCAUUCGUUUUAUAGACUCUUUAAACUUCUUGCCCAUGAAGCUUAGCAAGCUACUGCAGGCGAUGGGGUUUGAAGAGUGCAAAGCGUAUUUUCCACACUUUUUUAACACGUUAGAAAAUCAAAAUUACGUGGGGCCUAUGCCCGGUAUGGAGCACUAUGGUGUAGAAAGCAUGAUGCCCAGAGGAAAAGCAGAGUUUCUCGACUGGUAUCGGGACCAUAGCUCUGAGGCGUUUGACUUGCAGAAAGAGCUCGCGUAUUACUGUCAGCAGGAUGUAAAAAUUUUGAGACAGGCCUGUAUCCUAUACAGAAAAGAGAUUAUGAAAAUGACGGAGAAGGGAGAUGUAGUAGAGAGAGAACCUGGUAAAUUCACUGAGAUAAAACUGUGUAUAGAUCCUUUCUGGUACAUAGCCAUGCAGACAGAUGCCAGUGUUAUGUACAGGUUUAUGUUUUUGGAGCCUAACACGGUAGCAUUUCUCCCUCCAGACAACUAUCACAGGCAGAAAAAGAGAUAUUCGACCCCAUCUAUUCAGUGGCUGUUGUAUAUCUCUCACAAAGAAAAUAUACAAAUACGGCACGCUUUACAGGGUGGGAAACUACAGGUAGGCCCCUACUUUUUAGACGGUUAUGCCGAUGUUGAUGGGGUACGCACAGCCUUUGAGUUUAACGGGUGUUUUUUCCAUGGCUGUGUCACCUGUUAUUGUGAAAAAGCACAAAAUCCUAUGACGGGGACAUCUUUUGGGUUUCUUUAUUACAAGACGCAGCUCAAGACCGACUAUCUGAAACGACUUGGUUUUGUAGUGAAGACUCUUUGGGAGCAUGAGUGGGAGGUGAUAAAAGAAACAGACAGGGAGCUUGCAGACUUUUUAAACCGAGCCCAGUUACCCCAGCCUCUCGUGCCUAGGGAUGCUCUUUUUGGGGGGAGGACAAACGCUAUCCGCCUAUAUUACAAGCCUAACCCCGGGGAAGAAAUCCACUAUUAUGAUUUUACCAGCCUGUACCCUUUCGUAAACAAAACCAAAGAAUACCCUAUCGGACACACCGAUAUAGUCUAUGACAAAUUUGGGCCCCUUGCAAAUUAUUUUGGAAUUGCAAAAGUUAAAGUGUACCCCCCACGAGGUCUCUUUUUCCCAUUGUUACCUGUCAGAGUGGGUGGCAAGCUUAUGUUCCCGCUAUGCCAAACCUGUGCAGAAACCGAGCAGUGGGAGACAUGCACCCAUACUGACGAGGAGCGGGCCAUCCUGGGGACUUGGUGCAUGGUGGAAUUGAAUGCGGCCAUAGCGAAGGGGUACGCGGUGGCUAAGAUCUAUGAAAUCUGGCAUUUUAAUGAAAAAUCUGAAACUCUUUUCAGAGUACAUAAAAUUACACCUCCGUCAGAAACAAGAGGCUUCAGGGUAUCCCAGUUGGUGCACAGACGAGGAAAAACAAAAUAAGUACAUUAGCGAUUUCUACCAGAAAGAAGGCGUGCAUUUACGCCAACACGAGAUCAGAUCAAACCCUGCUAAACGCCAAAUUGCUAAACUGUUUUUAAAUUCUCUGUGGGGUAAAUUCGGCCAAAGAUCCAACCUACCCAACACCAGCAUCAUGAGAGACCCUGACGAACUCUUGCAGUACCUGUUCUCCCCCAAUUAUGAGGUUUCAUCCUGCGAGUUUAUCGAUGAUGAAACAGCGUGCGUGUCGUGGAAGCACGCAAAAGACCAGUACUGUCUCUGGCAAUACCAAUGUUUUCAUAGCCUGUUUCACCACCGCUUAUGUCCGCUUAGAAUUAUACAGCCUCCUAGACGGUUUGCAAGAGCGGUGCCUGUACCACAACACUGACUCGGUGAUAUUUGUGAAAAGGGAGGGUGACUGGAAUCCCCCUCUGGGGGAUUAUUUAGGAGACCUCACGAGCGAGAUCCCGCCAGAUCAACACAUCACCAAGUUUGUGUCGGCAGGCCCGAAAACCUAUGGGUAUAAGCUGUCGGAAAGGCCUGUAUGAAAGUCAAAGGUAUUACCCUAAACGUAGCAAACUGCGAAAAGAUCAACUUCGACAGUUUGAAAGAUCUAGUCUUGGACUAUUGCACGGGUCUGCAAGAAAACACCUCAAAAAAGAUAGAGGUGCAGCAGCCCUCUAUCGUAAGAAACAAAAACCAGUGGCAAAUAGAGACAAAAACCCUUAAAAAGACACAAAGUGGUUUACAACAAGAGGGUCCUAAGAGAAGGUUUUAAAACCCUGCCCUAUGGUUUUUGAAAAAAUGGAUAUGAGGUGGAACACCCCUUUUCUGCAAUUCUCGCGGGGCCUCGCAACUGCGGGGAAAAGUUAUUUAUAAAAAACGUGUUGGAUAAUGCCAAACACACACUGUCUGUUAUGCCUGAGAAUAUCGUGUGGUGUUACAGUUGUUGGCAACCUCUGUAUAAAGAACUGCUUUGUAAAUAUCCCUUUAUCAAUUUUGUGGAGGGUCUGCCUGAUGCUUUU